GAGCUUCGAGAGAGUGUGUCUGGAUAAGGACCCUACGACCCUUCUGCGUUUAUAAAUUUCCCUUCCUCCGAUUGCCACACGAUUCCUACCUUCACCUCUUUAUCAUUCUCUCUUUCUCUCCUCAUCUUCAUCCAUGGAUCCUUACAAGUACCGCCCUUCAAGUGCUUACGAUUCCCCGUUUUGGACCACCAACUCCGGUGCUCCCGUGUGGAACAACAACUCUUCUCUAACCAUUGGAGCUAGAGGUCCAAUUCUCCUCGAGGACUAUCAUUUGGUUGAGAAACUUGCCAAUUUUGAUAGGGAGCGAAUCCCAGAACGUGUUGUCCAUGCUAGGGGAGCCAGUGCAAAGGGAUUUUUUGAGGUCACCCAUGAUAUUUCUCAUCUUACAUGUGCUGACUUCCUUCGAGCCCCUGGAGUGCAGACACCUGUCAUUGUGCGUUUCUCAACUGUUAUCCAUGAGCGUGGCAGCCCUGAAACCCUGAGGGAUCCUCGUGGUUUCGCAGUGAAGUUUUACACCAGAGAGGGAAAUUUUGACUUGGUGGGAAACAAUUUUCCUGUCUUCUUCGUCCGUGAUGGAAUGAAAUUCCCAGACAUGGUCCAUGCUCUCAAGCCUAAUCCAAAGUCUCACAUCCAAGAGAAUUGGAGGAUCCUUGACUUCUUUUCCCACCAUCCAGAAAGUCUGCACAUGUUCACCUUCCUAUUUGAUGACCUGGGAAUUCCACAAGAUUACAGGCAUAUGGAAGGUUCUGGUGUUAAUACAUACACUCUUAUCAGUAAGACUGGGAAGGCAUACUACGUGAAAUUUCACUGGAAGCCCACAUGUGGAGUCAAGUGUUUAUUGGAUGAAGAGGCUAUUAAGGUUGGAGGAUCUAAUCAUAGCCAUGCUACCCAAGAUCUCUAUGACUCAAUUGCUGCUGGGAACUACCCUGAGUGGAAACUUUACAUUCAGACAAUUGAUCCUGACCAUGAGGACAAAUUUGACUUUGAUCCGCUUGAUGUGACCAAGACUUGGCCUGAGGAUAUUCUCCCCCUGCAGCCAGUUGGCCGUUUGGUUCUGAAUAGGAACAUCGACAACUUCUUUGCAGAGAAUGAACAACUUGCAUUCUGCCCUGCCCUUAUUGUCCCUGGUGUCUAUUAUUCAGAUGAUAAGUUGCUCCAAACUCGGAUCUUCUCAUAUGCCGAUACUCAGAGGCACCGUCUUGGCCCAAACUAUCUGCAGCUCCCAGUUAAUGCUCCCAAGUCUGCUCACCACAACAAUCACCAUGAGGGAUUGAUGAAUUUCAUGCACAGGGAUGAAGAGGUUAAUUACUUCCCUUCAAGGUUUGACCCUGUUCGUCAUGCUGAGAGCCACCCCAUUCCUUCUGCUGUCUACACCGGAAGACGUGAGAAGAGCAUCAUUGAGAAGGAGAACAACUUCAAGCAAGCUGGAGAAAGAUACAGAUCUUUUGCACCAGACAGGCAAGAACGGUAUAUCCGCAGGUGGGUAGACGCCCUAUCCGACCCACGUUGCACCCAUGAGAUUCGCAGCAUUUGGAUCUCAUAUUGGUCUCAGGCCGACAAAUCUUUGGGUCAGAAACUCGCAUCUCAUCUCAAUGUUAGACCAAACUUUUGAGAGUGACACACUGAGCCAGAUGUUCAAGUUUGGGGAAGAAAAAGAGAGGAUAAAUCACAUGUCAAAUUUGUUAAUCCUUUGAAAUAUGUUACCCUAAAUCUCAGCAUGUAAUGUGACCUGUUACAGCAGUGUAAUAAGUGCCAGUCACAUGUGCCGAUUUCAUCUUGUUUCCGAACAUAGCAUACAUAAUAUUGUUUACUUACACAUGCCCCUUUUGCUUAAACUGCUGACAUAUUGCCUAUUAUGGUUUUAUGUGAUGUGAAAUUUCAGUGCACGAUCAAAGCAGGAUGCGAGUAGUUGCUUGGUUCUCAUUGUUCACUGUACGAACAUGUACGUUCUGCUUUGAUUUCGCAUUGAAAUUCUUACAUUGCACAAUGUUUGCUGGCUAGUAUGCUCUCCGACUUGUUUGUGUUGGAACUAGAAUGAGAAUUUACAAUCGUUAUGUACAA